CGCUGCUCGAUUUGUUAAGUCUUGGCACUAAUUUAUGCUGCUAAGCAGAAGCUGGGCUGAUACCACCCACCAGUUCACAACUAGCUAUAGUUAACUGCAAGGACAUCUUCAAACAAUAGCUGUAUGCUUACAGAACCAGAUGCUGGAGAGCUCUUCAGUCCUUUUGUUCAUUGUCUUCCUCCUGCUUUUCAUUUUGCUGCUCUUUGUGGUGCUCAUCAGGAAAAACGGCACUGCUGCCCUUAUCUGGAAUGAAAUAAUCCGGGAGAAAAUAACCAAUUUCAUCAUGAGUCAGAGCAAAGAACAGAGGAUUUUAAAUUUCGUGCUGCAGAACGCAGUCCGAGGAGACCCCUGUAGUGUGCUGGACACUAUAGAUAAGUACUGCUCCCAGAAAGAGUGGGCCAUGAAUGUGGGUGAUGAGAAAGGUUUAAUUCUAGACAAGACAGUGGAAGAGGUCAAUCCUUCAGUUGCACUGGAGCUGGGAACAUACUGUGGCUACUCAGCAGUUAGGAUUGCUCGGCUACUGAAGGCAGGAGCUCGUCUUCUCACUGUGGAGUUCAACCCAGAAUUUGCUGCUAUAGCUAAACAGAUGAUUGAGUUUGCUGGAGUACAAGAUAAGGUAAAACUCCUAGAAGGCCCUUCAGAGGAAAUUAUCCCCCAGCUGAAGAAAAAAUAUGAAGUGGAUACUCUGGAUUUUGUCUUCCUGGACCACUGGAAAGACAGAUACGCACCGGACACCAUCCUGCUUCAGGAAUGCAACUUGCUGAGGAAGGGCUCGGUUCUUCUGGCUGACAAUAUCAUCUUCCCAGGAGCUCCAGAAUUCCUUAGCUAUAUCCGCAACAACCCCCGUUUCCAAUGCACUAACUACCCAUCUCAUCUGGAAUAUAUGAAAGUGGAGGAUGCUAUGGAAAAGGCUGUGUUUUUGGGAUAAAGAGAGCCAUUAAUACUCAACCUUUGUUUCAAAUGAUGUAAAAGCAACUGCACAGGUUAACUUGUCCAUGCUUUAUAUUUUGGGUUUUUUUGUAUUUUGGAGCCUGUAAUUAAAGCAAGCGCUAGUGGAGAUCAUUUUAGACCAGGUGGAAACCAA